GCGCCCCAAUCAAACAAUUAUUGAGGCGACAAGUGGGAACACGGGCAUCGGGCUCAGUCUGGUGGCUGCGGUGAAGAAAUACCCCAUGAUCAUCACCAUGCCCAAAAAGAUGUCACAUGAGAAGGAGGUGACCCUCCAGGCCCUGGGAGCAGAGGUGAUUCGAACGGAGACCGCAUUGCCAUGGGACCACCCGGAUAGUCUCAUUGGCAUGGCUCGGCGUCUGGAGAAGGAGAAGGGCUACGUGUUGCUGGACCAGUACCGGAACCCAAGCAAUCCGAAGGCGCACUACGAAGGCACGGCUCAGGAGAUUUACGAUCAGUGCGGUGGAAAGGUUGACAUGGCGGUGUUCACCACUGGGACGGGCGGCACAAUGGCCGGAGUGGCAAAACGAUUAAAGGAAUUGCUGCCCAACAUUGUCAUUGUCGGCGUCGAUCCGUACGGGAGCAUUUUGGCCGAUCCGUCGGUACCGCUGGAUCCGAAGCCGUACCUCGUUGAGGGCAUCGGGUACGAUUUUGUGCCAGAUGUCUGCGAACGGAAGUACGUUGAUCGGUGGGUGAAGUCCGCUGACAAGGAAAGCUUUGCGCUGGCGUCGGAGGUUCACCGCGAAGAGGCGCUCCUCGUCGGAGGGAGCAGUGGUGCCGCCAUGUGGGGUGUGCUGCAGGCAGCGAAAGAUCUUCGUCCUGACCAGCGGUGCGUUGUGGUAUUCCCGGAUGGCAUCCGCAACUACAUGACAAAGUUCCCGGACAAGAAUUGGCUGGUGGAGAACGGCCUGGAGGAGGGCGAAGUGACACGCCCAACCUACGGGUCGCUGGAGGCGCAGCUGGAAGAGGCAAAGAAAAAACUGUCGGAGUAUGAGGCGAAAUGCGGCGGCAGCGUGGAGGAGGGUAAACGUUGCUGUGAAAAAGCAAAGUAA